UUACUGUGUUUUGGUUGAACAGUGAAUGGAUUGUUGGAAGAAAGGGCAAAGUAGCAGCUGGAUUUAUCCCACUCUGAUCCUCUGUAUAUAUGGAUUUUUCUACACAAUGAAGCCACUGGACUCUUUUCUAAUUCCCUAUCUAACAGGACCAGACAAAAACCUGACCAUUGAUGAGGUAACAAAUCAUGUUUUCCCAGUUUGGACAUACUCCUACCUGGUGCUGCUGGUUCCAGUUUUCCUGAUCACAGACUACAUGUGCUAUAAGCCAAUCAUUAUUCUUCAAGGAAUCAGCUUCAUCAUUACUUGGCUGAUACUAAUGUUUGCACAAGGAAUGAUAGCCAUGCAGAUGGUGGAGGUUUUCUAUGGUCUGGUCACAGCCACAGAGAUAGCCUAUUAUUCUUACAUUUACAGCGUUGUCAGUGCUGACCACUAUCAGAAAGCAACAAGCUACUGCAGAAGCAUCACACUAGUUGCAUCCACAGUUGGGGCAGUGCUAGGACAACUGUUGGUAUCAUUGGCAGGCUUAUCCUAUUUUUAUCUAAGCACUAUAAGCAUGGCUUCUCUCUCCUUAGCAUUUGUUACUUCACUUUUUUUACCAAUGCCCCAAAAAAGCAUGUUUUUUCAUAGCAUCUCAGACACUCCCCCAAGUACAAAACAGGGAGAGACAAAAGCAUCCAGCACUAACGAGCAACCUGAUGGCCAAGAUGACAAAGACUCUGUCAAGUCAGCUGCAAACCCCAGCACCUCACCUGAGUGCCACCCUAACACUGCUAAGCAACAGAAUCAUGUGCUGAGAGUGCUGGUGCAGUUGUUCAAGGACAUGAAGGAGUGCUACGGCACAAAGAGGCUUCUUUACUGGUCUCUCUGGUGGGCAUUAGCCACUGCAGGCUUCUAUCAGGUCCUGAAUUAUGUCCAGGUGUUAUGGGACCACAGGGCACCUUCCCAGAGCUCUGCAGUAUACAAUGGGGCUGUGGAAGCAAUAGCAACUUUCCUGAGUUCAGUAACAUCCUUGGGAGUAGGAUAUGUGAAAAUAAACUGGGAUCUUUCAGGAGAGCUAGCCUUGGGGAUCUUCUCUGCAGUGAAUGCUGGUUCUCUGUUUCUCAUGCAUUUUACUGCCAAUAUCUGGGCAUGCUAUGCUGGCUACCUAGUUUUCAAAGCAUGUUACAUGCUCCUCAUAACAAUAGCAACAUUUCAGAUUGCUAUCAAUCUAAGCAUGGAACGUUAUGCUUUGAUGUUUGGAUUCAACAACCUUAUCGCACUGGUGAUUCAGACUACUCUAACUGUUGUUGUUGUUGAUGCAAGAGGUCUGGGACUGGAUAUAGUUACUCAGUUUCUAAUUUAUGGCAGCUACUUUGCAGUCAUAGCUGGGAUUUUCUUGAUCAGAAGCAUUUGCACAAUUGUUUCAAUCAAACGCAGAAAGAAAAUACUGUGCAUUUCCAGAGAACCUGGAGGUCAGAACAUGAUGGAAUAUGGAUCUAAAGAACAUAUUAUCAGCGGCUAUACAACACGACUAUAACUUACCAGACAGGCACAUCUUCC